CCUUUCUACAAUUGUUGUUAAUGUGUUUCAGUAGCUUGCCUUUUGGAUAUUAAUGCUAUUUUAGUCAUCGCUUAGUCGAUUCAAACUGCUCACCGACAUUGAAGGUGAAUUGUUUUGCAUGUUUAGAUUAGUUUUUAAAUGUGUCCACUUUAUUUUGAUUGAUUUUCAUGUCCUACAAGGUUGACGCUAAAUUAUUUUUAAAACUGUACUUUUGUAGCUAUAUUUUGAGGUACUUCAAUUAAAUGUGUAAUUGUGCCUAGAUACUACAAUACUAGGUGAGGUGGGGAUUUAUAACAGGAAUUACAUUUUCAUCAUGGUGUACAAUAUAUCUACUUUAAUCAAUUUGUGCAAUAACGACCUCUUUCAGUCCCAUGGGGAGUGUUUUUUUUAUUGAUUUUUGUAGGUUUAAAUCCAUCCUCUGGCCCUUUGCUGGGAUCCCUGGAUACGGAUAGCGUACCUGUCUUUGAGAAUACAUGAGCAGAAGACAUGUUUUUCCUGUCAGCUUUGGGUGUCAACAGCUGUAAAUACCCAUGUUCCCUCUAUCGCCAAUCAAAUGUUUCCAAGUGUCAAAAAUUCAAGCUGGCCCAAGAAGAUUUGUUUUUUCCACCCACCAGUCUACACUUGCGCCCUUUUUGAAACCUGAGUUUUAGUCUUUUUUUCCCCCCCAAGCUGCAACUCCCCUUUUUAAUUAAAGAUAAAUAGAUGAAGGAAAAGGACUUGAACACACCAUCAGUAAUGUUAAGCAGUCUGACAGAGAUAAGGGCUCUGGGCGACCCACCUUCCCAUUUUCCUCUUAUCUCAUGGAUCAAGUGUUCCUCCAGGACUUCAUACUGAAACAAGGAUACCCCAUCAUCAACCUGCCAAAGAGGAAGAAAGUGUACACCUAUUGCCACCUCAGGGUGUCCUGUUGGCCAGAAAGACAACCAGGAAUCCAAAAUUCUUAACCUAAUAGACACCAAUCAAGACCCACACCAGCCUCACUAUGACUAACCAUGGAGAUGACUGCUAUUUCUUUUACUAUUCUACCUGCACCAAAGGAGAUGACUGCCCUUUCAGGCACUGUGAUGCAGCGAUGGGCAACGAAACCGUCUGCAAUCUUUGGCAGGAGGGACGUUGCUUCCGAAACGUCUGCAAGUUUCGCCAUAUGGAAAUCACAAAAAAGCGUAAGGAAAUACCGUGUUAUUGGGAGAAACAUCCUGCCGGCUGCCAGAAACCUCACUGCGCUUUCUUCCAUGAAAAGCCGCGCUAUGUUGUUGGCGUAGUCAUUCCACCUGACAUAAGUCACAGUGAGAUUGAGGAACAACCGCAUGAAGAGCCGCCGCCCCUACCAGCCACUCCUCUUCCCACUGCAGCUAAUCUCCAGUUGAGAGGAGUCAUGAAAACAGAAAGCCAAGAACCAGUUCCCAGCCCUACCCAUCCCCCAGUGGUGAUUAAUCCAGCCGAUGAUGACGAGGAUGAAGAUGACCAAUUCUCAGAAGAGGGAGACGGUGUCCCAUCCCCAAGGAAGCGGCCCAAGUCUGAUGAAUUGCACAACUUUGGAGUGAGCACCCUGGAGGAGAUACGACUGAGAAGGGCCCUUAAAGCCAGCAUGAAUCGAACAAUACCUCCCCUUCAGAGUGCUGUCAACGGCGAGAAGGAAAAUAUCCAAGCUUUUCGGGCCACCUUUAACACAUCUAAUGACGCAAAGCUGCUUUUUGAAGAAGGCUUCAGACGAAGAGGCAACAUAGCUGACAGACUUGGGAAACAAAUCCCCAGUACCUGUGGAGAGGUUGUUCCACUGAAAAACAGUCUAGCAGAGCGUUUGGGUCGAUUUGUCAAUGAAGAAGAGGCACAAAUACCCUCUCCGAAAACUAUGAGGUCGAUAAAGGAGAGACUCACAUUACCUUCUGGACCCAUUGCAGUCAGUCAAACAGCAGAUGAGGGCAGCGCGGAAUCAAAGAGCACAACUCAGCAGAUUCGUAUUAAAACUCUGGAAGAAAUAAGACUGGAAAAGGCAUCAAAGUCUCAGAGGCAGAACAACUGUCCUCCUGUAAAUGCAGAAGGGAUUAAAACCAAGACAGUCCCCACACAAUCCUCCAAGGCUGUAAAAAGAGUCAUUACUGUCGACAACAGCAAAAACGUUUGUGACACCCUCCACCCCAAGAAAAGAAAAGCAGAUCAGCAGCACUUAAAGCAAACAGCUGGGGGCGACAGAGUGUCGGAAGUAGCGGAACCCAUAUCUGCUGCCACAAAAACAUGGGAAGUUAGAGUGAAGACCUUGGAGGAGCUGCGCAGGGAGAAGGCAGCCCAAAUUCAAGACCAUCGAGUUAAGAGUUCGAAUCUGGAGGAAGAGAAGAAGCUGACUUUGCUGCCAAAAAACAAACUGGCUUCUCAGAGUGAAGACACGACAGACAACAGUGUUGAAGUGAAUAAGACAACAUUAAGAGCUGCUGCAGAGACCCUCUCCAAAAAAGAUGUCAAGGUGAAAACCUUUGAGGAGAUCAUGCGAGAAAAACAUCUCCGCAAGCAGGAAAUGGCUAAGCUGGUUUCCAGCUGCCAGCAGGCCAACGCUGCCUGUGAGACAGAGCCUGCACCCAAACCGUUAGUGUGUCCACUCAAAAGGAAGAUUGUGACCAAAGUCAGUCAUUCGCCACCACAUAUGUCCACUUUGGAAGCUGACAACGUCCCACCCAUUCAGAACGUCCGUGUUGAAAAGUUGAAAACAGUCAAAUCCAGAAAAAACACGGCUGCGAGAUCAGUUCCUGCGAGGCAGAGUACCACACCCCUUCAGGAAGACCCUCACUCACCAAGUCACAGCAGCUCCAACAACAAGCAAGAAAACACCUCAGGUUUACCGAUUCCAGAUAGACUGCGGAGUUCAGGACCUGAUAAAACACGCAACACAAACACUAAAGUGAGGCCUAAACUGAAUGUGAAGCCAUCUGUCAUGCAGCCUUUACUGCAUGUGCAAGCAGGCAAGAAAAGGAAGGCAGCGGAGCGCUCUGCUGUCGCUGCAGUUAAACCUCUUAACAGUGCAUCUAUACUUCUGGACCAACCACCGCAGCAGCCUGUGUCGUCAAACUCCAGCGAAGAAGUUGAGCUGUCGUCUCCGAUGUCGUGUAUUCUCAGCACCUUGUUGGAGUCCAGCUGCAGCUCCAGUGAGGAUCAGCAGAACAUUCCUGCUGCAAAAGACAGUCUUGCUGCUACUACACGGACUCCUCCCGCCCACAGCUCCGUGCCGAAGGCUGCGCCUCAAAGUAAGUCUCGUCGACAGAGCGUGGCCGCAUCGCGCAAUUCAACGUCGGCUGUGGAUGAGUUUGAGGACCUCAUCAAUGAAUUCACGGACGAUCAUCUGGAAGGAGACAUGGACCCCGGCAUUGGGGAGGACGAUCUCCUGCAGGAACUGUCAGACAUGAUUGACAGCUGAGGGCUCUUGUCAUGUAAAUAUCCUCCCUCCCAGUGCAACCCAGCCCAAUGCUGGUUUUCUAUUGGCCCUCAGCAUAUUGUUAAAAAAAAAAAAAAUAAUAAAUGAAAUGAUGUUAGACAUACACAAAGCUAAGAUGUCUUGUUCAGAUAGUUUAGCAUAUUGUUCUAGCCUCUUUAAUACACCAAUACAGCUUUAAUAUUCACUGCCAUCCUAAAGGGUAUCAUUUGAUGAGAACGUUGUUUCUUUUAUAUGAACAUAGUCUUUUUUGGGCCACGCUGAACAUUUUUAAACAUUAGCCAAGAGACAAAUGUCAUCCGAAAGUGUGUACUAUGUAUGCAAUAGUAAAAGUAGUACAACAAAAUGCUACAAUUACUUUUGCUUUGGUUUUCAAACGUGAUUCUUAAACCUAAACUUCUUACGACUUUGUAGAAAACUUUGUUAAAAUCCCUCACUUUAGUCAUGACUUGAUAAGUCGUCUGGUUUUUUUACUUUUAAACUAUUUGCAACAUUUUUAUUCAGUGGGGCUUAUUUAAAAAGUACUUGGAUGGAUUACAGUACUGCAAAACAUUUCAGCAAGGCAGUUGUUGUUGUUUUUCAUGCUUACACAAAUAUUGCUUUGAAUUGUCUUAGUUUUCCACAAGCUCACUGUUUAAAGUGACCAAAGUAUUGUAAAUAAAGUAUUUUAGCUGCCACUUUCA